AUUAUUACAGUCCUGCAAUGUUGGGCCUGAAAACUGAUCAGGAAGUCCUUGGAGAACUUGUGAAAAUGAAAGUUCCAGCUGUGGCAGAGCUGAUGGAAAGACAUGGAGUCAUGUGGACCCUAGUGGUGUCACGCUGGUUUAUAUGCUUGUUCAUUGACAUUCUUCCAGUAGAGACUGUGCUCCGAAUAUGGGAUUGUUUAUUCUAUGAAGGGUCAAAGAUCAUCUUCCGUGUGGCCUUAACGUUAAUUAAGCAACACCAAGCUUUUAUUUUGGAAGCCACAAAUUUCCCUGACAUUUGUGAUAAAUUUAAGCAGAUCACCAAAGGAACAUUGGUAACAGAGUGUCACAGCUUCAUGCAG